AUGCUGCGCAAGUCCGACCUAUGGGAGCAUAUGCGACAUCUAAGGAUCAUGCAUAACAUGAGGGCUCAGAGCGACCCAUGGUUUACGGAAUACCUACUGCACAUCGGUAAUGGCACCGAGGAGGCUGAUGGUGAUGGCAAAAUAUGUAUUCCUAAUGAUAUAUGUGUGUUGUAUACAAGAAAGGAUGCAGACCUUGAUAAACUUAUAGAUAGCGUGUUUUCGAUGCUCGACGCUAACCUGGCUGACCCAAACUACAUCACGUCGAGAGCCAUAUUGUCCACACAAAAUGAGUGUGUGGAUAUGAUUAACAUGAAGAUGAUUGGUCAUUUUCGGGGAGACGAGAUGGUGUACCAUAGCUUUGAUCGCGCUGAAGAUGACCCCCACAACUACUAUCCACCGGAAUUCCUUAACUCUCUGGCCCCAAACAGGCUACCUCCGCAUGUGCUAAAGCUCAAGGUUAACUGUCCUAUAAUACUACUCAGAAAUAUUGACCCUGCCAAUGGACUUUGCAAUGGGACAAGACUUGUGAUCCGGGGGUUCCAAAGAAAUGCUAUUGACACAGAGAUCAUGCUCAGGAAGCAUGCUGGGAAGAGGAUUUUUCUGCCUCGUAUCCCCCUAUGUCCCUCUGAUGACGAGAUGUUCCCUUUUCUAUUCAAGCGGAAACAGUUUCCUGUUAGGCUCAGCUUCGCCAUAACAAUCAACAAGGCACAGGGUCAGACUAUCCCGAAUGUCGGCGUGUACCUCCCCCAGCCAGUGUUCUCUCAUGGCCAGCUAUAUGUCACACUAUCUAGAGCCACUGCCAAAAGGAACAUCAAGAUCUUUGCCACCCUAGAUGACGAUAAGAAAAGGAGAAGUACUCAAAGCAGAGUGGGACGUGCACUAAGAAUAUCAUUUAUAGAGAAGUCAUUACACCAUAGUCGAGGCUCAAUGGUAGGAGUUGGGGUUGAUGUAGAUGUUGGAGGUCUUGUUGUGGAGGUUCAUGCUUGA